AUCAAUCACAACCCAGUUGCCAGAUAGAUAACCAUGGCUGACGACCAUUUCAGCUACCUGAUUGUACACGCUGAAAAUGGCCGCAUCACAGACCUCCUUAGAUACGGAAUGUUUGGCAACAAAGCCAGCGGUGCCAAAUUCCUCCAGAGUUCCCAUCCACAUAUCAUCCAGGAGGAGCUGUUGUCGCUCGGUGGCUUAGGACAAGAAGCCGGGGAGACGCCGGAUCAUCGGUGGGUCAUCGUCGUAUCCAUAUUAAUGAGGAAGUUGAUAAAGAUAUUUGGUAAGCCCAUGGAAUGGACCGGCUACGUUGUCGACUUCAUACUCAACUUGCUUUCCCUCAAUGGCAACCUCCUAGGUUUGUUCGCCAAUCUUUUACUAGCAGGAAAGGUGGUCAUUCCAAGAAGAGGCUCAGCAACGUUUAUUAGCACAAUCGGGCAUAUUGAUGGGCGAAUAGACCUGGACCCAGGUGAUGUCUUUGUGGCAGAGAAAGAUGUAUCUAAGUUAGGAGAAAGAGUGGAUGCUGGAAAUAAGUCACUUAUGGAUCUCUGUAUGAUGGCUUCCAAAUUGGCUUAUGAGAAUGCUAAUGUUAUUAAGAACGUUGUGAAUCUACAUUGGAAGAUGGAUUUUGUUGACUUCUAUGAUUGUUGGAAUGAUUAUCAAAAGGAGAGAUCCACCCAAGUAUUCAUAUUUUGUGACAAGCAAAAAGAUGCAAAUUUGAUAGUGGUUAGUUUUAGAGGAACAGAGCCAUUUGAUGCAGAUGACUGGAUUACUGAUUUUGAUUACUCUUGGUAUGACAUUCCAAAACUAGGAAAACUCCACAUGGGUUUUCUAGAAGCCUUGGGUCUAGGAAACAGAUCAAACCCAUCUUCUUUCCAGCAAAUUCUUCAAGCAAAAAAUGGUUUUGAUGAAAAAGAAACCCAGCGUUUUCCAGAGAUGGUGGAGAUGACCGCAUAUUUUGCUGUGAGGAGCAAGCUGAAAAGCCUGCUCAAGGAGCAUACGAAUGCAAAGUUUAUGGUAACUGGGCAUAGCCUAGGAGGGGCUCUUGCCAUAUUAUUCCCAACGGUGCUCGUAUUACACGAGGAAGAAGAGGUUUUAGAAAGGUUGUUGGGUGUACACACGUUCGGACAGCCGAGAGUGGGAAACAGGCAAUUAGGGAGGUAUAUGGAAUCACGAUUAGAAGAACCGAUUCCGAAAUAUUAUAGAGUGGUCUACUGCAAUGAUAUUGUUCCAAGAUUGCCUUAUGACAACAAAACCUUCUUGUAUAAGCAUUUUGGAGUGUGCCUUUACUACAACAGCUUCUUUGUUGGGCAAAAAGUGGAAGAAGAACCAAACAGGAACUACUAUGGGUUGUGGUACCUGAUUCCGGAGUAUGUGAAUGCUGUAUGGGAAUUGAUGAGGGGUUUGGGAAUGGGAAGGAGAUAUGGGGCUGAGUACAAGGAGUCUUGGGAGGGAAUAAUGAUGAGAAUAAUGGGUUUGGUGAUUCCAGGGGUUUCUGCUCAUGCUCCUCCCAAUUACAUCAAUUCAAUCAGACUUGGAAAGUUGAGGCAUAUUCAGAUGUCAACAUUGUAGAAAUAAGUGCUUUGUUGGGUUUUUAUUAUAACUUAUAAGUUAUUGGAAUUGAGAUAUUCACUGCCUUUUUCUCUCCUAA